UGUUAUCUGUGUAAGCAAAACCAGGCGAGAGAAAAAAAAAAGAAAAAAAAUUAUUCAUUUUCUAAUUUUGUUUUUAUUUUUAUUUUAGAAACAUGAUGAAGUAAAAGUGCUAUAAUUUGUUUAAUUUAUUUAUAAAAUGAAACACUGCUUUUGAAUAUUCGAAUUAUCUUGAGUUAUGUCUAGAAUAAGAGGAAUAGAGAAGUUGAAAGUGCAAAAAGAUGGGCUGCAAGCGUUACAAGAUUUGGACUAUCAGAAGAAUAAAUAUGUUGAAACCAAGAAGAAAAACGAAGAAAGUUUUGACUUGAAAGUGGACGUCGAAAGCCAGCAAAUUAAUGAGUUAUUACUGAAACUGCCAAAGUUAGAAAAAAUAUUCGACGUGCACAAGAAGAUAGGCGAGGGUACGUUUAGCUCAGUGUACCUGGGCUCAUUGAAGCAGCACAGCACACUGCCUGAUGCUGAGAAGCGCUGGUUCGCCAUCAAGCACCUAGUGCCCACGGCGCACCCUGCCCGCAUAGAGCAUGAGCUGCGUUGCCUCCGGGACAUGGGAGGGAAAGACAAUGUGAUUGGUGUGGAGCUGUGCCUUCGGAACUUAGAUACAAUAGUGUUUGUGAUGCCCUACAUACCUCAUAAGAAGUUUUCUGAAUAUGUGGGGAACAUGGAUGCAGAGGAGGUGCGUCAAUACAUGAGUGCUCUGCUGGUGGCGCUCAGACACGUGCACUCCUUCGGAGUCAUCCACAGGGACAUCAAGCCCAGCAACUUUCUCUAUGAUAGAGAGAACCGAAGGUACCUGCUGGUGGACUUCGGGCUGGCGCAGCGCGCUGUGGCCGAGCCGCCGCCCGCCGCGCUCGAAGCGCCCCGCAAGCGCGCAAGGGAACAGGAUGAGUGUGUCAGUGUGUGUGACGCCAAGCGGAUGGCGCUGGACCUGUCGCUGGGCGCGCGCUGCACCAACAUAGCGGCCCCCGUCGCCCCGCGCCGCGCCAUUCUGCCAAAAGUACAGAUCCCUAAGCAGAAUAUACCAAAGAACACGCCGGGCGAGUUUGUGCCUCGCGCAGGGCUGUGCCUGUGCGCCAACGUGGGCGGCGUGUGCACCGCGUGCGCCGCGCGGCCCGGCGCACGUGCCCCGCGCGCCGGCACGCAGGGCUUCCGACCGCCUGAGGUGCUGCUGAAGAGCCCGCGGCAGGGCACGGGCGUGGACGUGUGGGCGGCGGGCGUGGUGCUGGCCAGCCUGCUCACGGCGCGGUACCCGUUCUUCCGCGCCGCCGACGACGUGUCCGCGCUGGCCGAGCUGACCGACCUGCUGGGCACCGAGCCGCUGAGGAGGACUGCACACGCGCUAGGACGGCGCAUCGUGACGUCGUCGCGGCGGCGCGGGCUGUGCCUGCGGCGGCUGGCGGCGCACCUGCGCAGCGCCGCGCCCGCCGCGCCCGACCCCUCCGCCCCGUCCUGCGCCCACUGUCACCUGCCCCUCCCGCACUGUUUGUGUAGAGACGAAACCAAACCCGCGGAUGCAAUAAACGACACGGCCACAAUAGCAGGGUUCCCCGACUCGGCCUUCGCCCUCGCGGCGCGGCUGCUGGAGCCGCUGCCCAGCGAGCGGUACUCCGCGCACCGGGCGCUGGAGCACCCCUUCCUGACCACGCCCCUCACGCCCCGCGCCGCGACGAACACCGAUAAGCCGGCAUAAACAAACUACAGGAUCUGCCGUUUUGUUGCCGUAGUUUUUGAGUUAUCACUCUCUCACUCAAAAUGGUUAACGCCCACUGACUUUUUGUUUCUGUCCUGCAAUCACGUAACAGAGAGAGUCACAUUAAAUUAUCUCUGUGGACAGAGCAUAAUGUGAGUAGUGAGUAGCACUGACAGCAGCACGAGCGCAAUGUGAGCUGGGAACUAAAUGUUAGUGGUGAGACAUCUGUCAGCAUAGUGUCAAUGAAGAAAAUUUGAUACCAUGUGUCAAUUUUAAUUUCUGGUACCACCUUUUCUGGGAACUUGUUUAUGUCUAUUUCAGUGAGGGGCUGUAAUAAAACAGUACCCUGGCAACGCAUAGCUUCAAUUGGUGCUUUUUAAAGAUUUUUGUUGAAGGAAAUAAUCCUCGAGUGCUCUGGCAGUGCACUGAGGAAUAAGGAUUUUGAGAAAUUCCUACUGGAUCUUUAAACAUCACAAAUCCACGCGAAUGAAGUCGCAGGGAAUAGCUAGUACAAAAUAUAUUUUGGUAUUUAAAUUAGCCCAAUCAUAUGAAAAAUUGUGCUGUUUACAUUUUUAUUAUUGUAACUGGAACUGUUUUAAUUCUAUGUACAAUACUGGGAGUGAUUGUAUUUAUACAUCUCAUAUAAUGAAAUGAAAUGACAUUUGCUGAAUAUGAGUAAAUGUUAUGAUGUUUUUACAAGAGUUAAAACAGUAUUUAAUUUAUAUUAGGCUGGUGUGGCAGUCUGCAAAAGUUUUUGUUGGAAAGAACCUAUCCGGUGUAAUUAUAUAGAAGUCGUUGUACUAUGUACUAUACUCGAUUACUAACUCCAAUGAAUAAUACUAGACCAUGAAUUGUUGAAGAGGUUGUUUUGUUAAAAAAAAGUUAGGUUAUUUCUUCCGUAUUUUAUUAUCUUUUACGUUGAAUGCUUUGUGUAUGAUGAAGGCGUUUUGUUGAAGUAAUUGUUAAUUAUUUGUAGCAUGGAUCUCAGAGCUAAUUUAAGUUUUUAGUACAAAGUAACGGUUGCUCUAUGCACAAGCUGCACAAUUUAGUCACAUUAACCCAAGAGCUUUUUAGUUUUUAACUAUUUGUGCUUCCUUUAACUGGACGAUUUAGUUAUGUUGAUAGUUUAAGUCUGACUAGACUGGUAUUUAUAAAAUCUGUGCGCCAAAUACUCAAUAGGAGUCAACCAUAAAGGUCAUCACCGACUUUUUCAAUAGAUUUUUGAACGAGGAGAAAUCAUAUUUACAACUUUUACAAACGAUUGAUUGAUUAUAUGCUUGAUACUGGGAUUUAUUAUUAAUGGUUAGGAUUAGAUGAAAAAGCUGUGCUAGGCUAGUGGUUAAGAAGUGAAGCUUGAGAGGUUGGUGGUUCUAUCCUGGUCGCACCUCUAACUUUUCGGAGUUGGAUAUACUUAUUGUUUUAACGGCGAUGGUGAAGGAAAACAUCACACGGGAGCCUGCACGCCUGAGUUCUCCGUAAUGUUCUCAAAGGAGUGUGAAGUCUGCAAACACGACUACUGUGGUGGACUAUGCUCACACCCUUCUCAUACUGAGAGGAGACGCUCUGUAACAAGCCGGCGAUGUGUUGACCAUAGUGACUGAUAGAUUUUAAUUUUAUUUGGUGCACAGAUUUUAAUGAAAACUUUACAAUAAUAAGCUUAGGUAAGAUUUUGGGUAUAAAAUGUGAUCGGUUCCAAGCAACCUGUGCCUUAGGUAUGUGUUCACUAGAGUAUUGUUACCUCAUUGUUUCUAUUGACUCCAAAUAAAUGUUGCUUCCAACA